ACCGAGGGAGGGGACCCCCACGCGGGGCCGGGCCAGGCAGCCGUUGGGGGAGGGAAGGAGGGGCACGCGUCCCCCCGCCAGCGCCCCCCACAACCGCUUCUGCGUCGGCCGAACCCGCGCCGCGGGGAGGGGCCCCCUUUGGUCAUCUCCUCGGCCCAUCGCUACCUCAGAAAGGCCCAAGGUCAACGGGGGAUCAUGUCUCAGGCUCCCGGGCUAUGAGAAGAGCUGCCUGCCCAGCCCCAUUCAGUCCUGUGCCAGGCUCUGCCACUGUUAUCCCCAGCUGCAGUGAGAAGAGGAGGAGGCUGGCACCAUGGGCCCGGGCAGCGUCCUCCGUGCCUGGGGGAUGAAAACGCUGCCAUGGACAGCCCAUGCCAAUCCGACCUCCUGAGCAGAAGUCUCCCCCAGCUGCCCACUGUGGACGCUCCUGGGCACAGCCUUGCCAAGAUGGGCUUGGAGAGCUAUGUGUCCUGUCCUUCGCAGCCCUCCUUCCACUUGUCUGGUCCUUGCGAAGCCUCAGCCGGCCCCAGCAGCAGCGGGGGUGGACCUCUGCCCCCAGGAGCUGGCAUCCCCUCAGCUGCAGCCAGCCCCAUGCCAGAGGGGCGCAGCGGGCAGGGUGGAGGGGAGCUGCGGCCCCUGCAGAGUGAGGGGGCUGCCGUGCUGAUCACUAAGGAGUGCCCACUGCUGGUUGCUCGGGGGGCCCAGCCUGAGACCCCCAAGCGGAAGCGGGUAGAGAGCGGUGGUGAUGCUCCUCCCAGCAAGCGGCGCUGGCCAGAGGAGGGCAGUGAAACGCCGGUCCAGAGGGAGGCUGUGGUCACCGCUGCCGAGCGGCUGGCUGUGGACUACAUCGUGCCCUGCAUGCGCUGCUAUGGCAUCUGUGUGAAGGAUGGUUUCCUGGGGGCAGCCUUGGGCAGCCGGGUGCUGGCAGAGGUGGAGGCCUUGAACCGAGACGGGCGCUUUCGGGACGGACAGCUUGUGAGCCAGAGGGCUAUCCCCUCGCGCAGUAUCCGGGGAGACCAGAUUGCCUGGGUGGAGGGGCGUGAGCCUGGCUGUGAGAGUAUCGGGGCCCUGAUGGCCCAUGUGGAUGAGGUGAUUCUCCACUGUGCUGGCCGUCUGGGCAGCUACGUCAUCAAUGGCAGGACCAAGGCCAUGGUGGCUUGUUACCCUGGCAACGGGCUGGGCUAUGUGCGGCAUGUGGACAACCCCCACGGAGAUGGGCGCUGUAUCACCUGUAUCUAUUACCUGAACCAGAACUGGGACAUCAAGACACACGGAGGCUUGCUGCAGAUCUUUCCAGAGGGCCGGCCAGUGGUGGCCAACAUCGAGCCUCUGUUUGACCGGCUCCUGAUCUUCUGGUCCGACCGCAGAAACCCCCACGAGGUGAAGCCAGCCUAUGCCACCAGGUACGCCAUCACCGUCUGGUAUUUUGAUGCCAAGGAGCGGGCUGCAGCAAAGGACAAGUAUCAGCUAGCAUCAGGCCAGAAGGGCAUUCAAGUGCCAGUGCCCCAGCCAAGCCAGCCCACUUAGUGGAAAGCGCUUGGAAUCAGCCAGAUGGCCACCCCUCGGCUGGGCUGCCAGCUCCCCUCGCCCUGUGCUGCUCUGCUGGCUGCGGGGCUGGGCUGUCCCUGACAUCCCUGCCAUUCCCUCGAUUGCUGCUUCUGCCUGUGCCUGCCUGCCUUCCCCCUCCCCAUGUUGGUGGAGGGGUUACUGCCAGCCCCCAAGAGGAGCAGGAGUGCCCACUUCCUGGGCACCAGAGGAGCUGGGCAGGGAGAGGCAGCACCCCAUGCACGUGGCCCUCGGGCUGAGUGAGGGUGGCCAGUUCCCCUUCCCCCAGCUCCAUAAGGAGUGAGCCUCCCUUGGACUUGCCCCACAGUGGGCCCCCCAGUCCCCCCUCCCCACCCUGAGACUGCCCCCUCUAACCAGGAUACAAGAUUGGAAUUGUUGGGGGUUGGGGAGGGUCAUGGCCUCUUGCUGGCAAGGGGGGUAGGGGGGACUCCUACCCCCCUCCUCCAGCCUGGAAUGUGAAGUGCCCCUCCUCUCCCCCUGCCUUGGCCCUGGCCUCCCCUGGACUGAGCUUCCUGUGGGGGUAGGGGGUGCUCAGCGGGGGCCUCGGCUGCAGACUUGCCGCCCGCCCCCAAAUAAAGUUUACCUCAGAGUCGUGCA